UCUUCUCUAGGAUUCUGUUUCCUCCAUUUUUUUUUUUUUUUCUCUUUUUCUUUUUCUUUUCUUCAUUUGGUUCCUUGUUUUCAUCCGAAAGCAAAUCUCAGAAUCGUCUACUAAAAGCAGCAAUAAAGUAAAAGAUUGUUCAAGCUUUCAUCUGCUUUAUUGCGUUGCUGUUCUUAAUUUUCAAAACGAUUCAAAGCAGGUCUUGAUUGAUUGAUUUGUUGAACAGAAGAAUUCAAGUCCAUGGGUAUUGCUGUUUCUGGAUUUUCCCUUCCCUCACUCUCCUUUUACUUUUGGCGAAAUAAAAGUGAAUAGAUUUAGGAGAAAUUAGUGAAGGUCAUGUUUGUGUGGUUGAAGAUUUUUGGCUGCAGGCAAACAAUAUGAAGAGCGACGUUAAGAUAAGAAGGGGGAGGAGCGCUGGAAGAGGGGGGAAUAUUAGGAAGAUAAUGAAGUGCUUAUGUUCUGGUGAGAAAGCAGCUGGGGAUGAUGGGAUUCCUGCAUCAGAAUCGCCUUUGCCUGUGGAGAAUUCAGCCAGUGGGCGCUCUUCACGGACUAGCGAGAUCAACAAGAAGCCAGAAAUUGGCAAUAUAGAAGAAGCCGAGUCCUCGCUUCGUGAGAGUGGUUCUUUGAAUUAUGAGGAAGCAAGAGCAUUACUGGGGAGAUAUGAAUAUCAAAAGGGAAAUAUUGAAGCUGCUCUUCAUGUAUUUGAAGGAAUAGACAUUGCUGCUAUAACUAGUAAGAUAAUGAUCUCCAUAGGUAGAAGAGGAGACUGUCCGAGAAGACGAUCGCAAAGUUUUACUACUCCACCAAUGUCGAUGCAUACUGUCAGUUUACUCUUGGAAGGCAUCUUUUUCAAAUCAAAAUCACUGCAAGCCCUUGGGAAGUUCGGAGAAGCUGCUCGAACUUGCAAAGUUAUUCUGGACAUACUCGAAUCUUCGUUCCCUGAAGGCUUGCCUGAAAACUUUGGUGCUGAUUGUAAAUUGCAGGAGACUGUUACAAAGUCAGCGGAGCUGCUACCGGAGUUAUGGAAGCUAGCUGAUGGUUCUCAAGAAGCGAUCCUUUCGUACCGGCGGGCACUUCUUCAUCUGUGGAACCUUGAUGCGGGAACCACUGCUCGAAUUCAGAAAGAGUUUGCCAUUUUUCUUCUGUACAGUGGAACCGAAGCAUGCCCUCCUAAUCUUCGGUCGCAAAUGGACAGCUCAUUUGUACCAAAAAACAAUAUUGAAGAAGCUAUACUCUUAUUUAUGAUACUUCUUAGAAAAGUUAUUCUUAAAAGGAUUGAUUGGGAUCCAUCAAUCUUGGAUCACCUCUCCUUUGCACUAACAAUAUCAGGGGAUACAAGGGCUUUAGCAGGUCAAAUAGAGGAAUUGCCUCCUGGGAUUCUACAUAGACAAGAAAGGUACCAUGCUCUAGCUCUUUGUUAUUAUGGAGCAGGUGAAGACUUAGCUGCUUUGAAUCUGUUGAGGAAAGUGUUGGGCAGUCAUGAGGAUCCUAAAUCACUUCCCCCUUUACUGAUGGCGUCGAAGAUUUGUGGAGAAAACUGCGAGCUUGCCGAAGAGGGAACGAGUUUCGCUUAUAGAGCUCUGAAAAGCCUGGAUAAUGGAUGUGAUCAAUUGGAAGGUGUUGCCAAUUGUUUGUUGGGUAUCUCACUGUCUGUGUAUUCGAAAUUCGCCGUUGCAGAUUCCGAGAAGUCCUCCAGACAAUGUGAGGCAAUGGAGGCCAUCGAAGCUGCACGGAAGAAGACUAGAAUGACCAACCCGAAUGUUCUCUAUCAUUCGAGUCUUCAAUAUGCAGACGAGAGGAAUUUAGAUUCAGCAUUUCAUUAUGCAAGGAAGUGUCUCAAGCUGGAAGGUGGAUCUAAUAUCAAAACUUGGUUACUACUGGCUCGGAUUCUCUCCGCCCAACAACGAUAUACCGAUAGCGAAAGUAUUAUAAAUGCAGCUCUGGAUCAAACAGGGAAAUGGGAUCAAGGCGAGUUGCUUCGAACAAAAGCAAAGCUUCUACUUGCACAGGAUGAGUUUAAAGGUGCUAUCGAGACUUACAGUCGAUUACUAGCUAUUUUUCAAAUUCGGAGUAAAAGUUUCGGUUCGGGAGAUAAGAAGCUACGGAGCAGUACUAGAAGAUUGCAAAUGGAAGUGUGGCAUGAUCUAGCUCUAGUCUACAUAAGGCUCUCGCAGUGGCACGAUGCCGAGGCCUGCCUUUCGAAGUCAAAGGCCAUCUGUUCUCAUUCGGCUUCUAGAUGUCAUAUUACAGGUAUGCUUUAUGAAGCAAAAGGCUUGUAUAAAGAAGCUCUGAAAGCUUUUAUGGCUGCUCUGGACAUUGAUCCCAUUCAUGUCCCGAGCUUGGUUUCAUCUGCCGUGACUAUCAGACAUCUCGGCCACCGAUCACAUCCCGUUGUACGCAGUUUUUUGAUGGAUGCUCUACGGCUCGACCAGACGAACCAUGCUGCAUGGUACAAUCUCGGGCUGUUCUACAAAUCUGAAGGAACCAAGUCUUCAUUGGUUGAAGCUGUUGAAUGUUUUGAGGCUGCAGCUUUUCUUGAAGAGUCUGCUCCUGUUGAACCCUUUAGAUAAAACAGCUCUGCUCAAGUUUUCUUUUUCUUUUUUUAAUUAUUUUUAUUGUAUCUUUUGCUUCAAAAUCUAUAUUAUACCCUCAUAUUGUACAACACAAAAUCAAUAAAUGGAAAAGUUUCUCUUUCCCUCAGUCAAAA